AUGUCAACAGAUGUAGAGUUGCAAACAGCAGAUAGUGAAAAGAAUCUGGUGGGUGAUUCGUUUGAAAAUAAAGACUAUUCGAAACAACAACAUGUUCACGAGGGAAAUGAAAUUGUGAUGACCAAUGUUUUGGAGGAAACUACUUCGAGUGGUGGAAUGGUUGACCUCACCGAUCAACAAUUACCCAAAUUCGAAGAGCUGGAAUCGACAUCUAUCAGCGAUCGAGGUUCUUUCGUCAACAUUCGAACAAUUUCCUAUUCGAUUCAAAUCGUUACCAAUUUCAUCAUGUUACUCAUCGUGGCAGGAAUUCUCUUCUCGAUAUUCUUUACUGGUUUCCAACAAUUGGAAGAGCACGUAACGACUGAGGCCAAUUUACGAAUCCAACGAGCAAUUUAUGAUGAUUUUAAAAAUGCUCUUGCCUUGUUGGCUUCGUUUGGAAAUUGGUUGGAUUUUUAUAAUGUGAUGGAUGCUGCGUAUAGUGAUGGAUAUAAAACCUUCUUGGAUUGGGUGGAUAUUAAUUAUCCGUAUGGAAUGAUGAGAGAUGCAAUUAAAUCGAAUUUUGCAUUAAUUUACUUUAAGAAUGGAACACUGGCUGCUGCAAAAGGCUUCAAUCUAGAAACAGGAGAUAUUCUAGAGACUCCUGCUGAGCUAGCCAACUUGGGUUCUGACAAUCCACUGAGAAAGGAUAUGGACAAAAGCACAACCAGAGUAAAUGGAUACCUCCUUACUUCCAAAUAUGGUGCUCUCCUCGUUUCUGCCUAUCCAAUCCACUUCAGCCCUCUAAAAAACAAUCCACCAAAUGGAAUUCUCAUUUUUGCAAGAAUUCAAACUGAACAAGUGACCUCUUCCAUUGCAUCCAGAGCUCAAAUGUGCAUCACCCAAUUCAGUGUCAAUGAUGCAGCACUCGAUUCAGUUAGAAAACGUAUGAAACUCGAUAAACCAACUAUCAUUAAUGGAUACGACAUGAAUUGGGAGAAUAAUCAAGCUUUUGCCUAUGAAGAAAUUGAUUUGAGAUAUUUGAGUGGAAGAGUUUGUGAUUCUGUGAGUGUUGGAUUGGAAGCAAAGGGUAGAGUAGCAACAUUUCAAUUGUAUGCAGAUAUUUAUGGAAAUCCUGCUGUGGUUUUGAGAGCUGACACUGAAAGAUUUAUUCUAAAUUUGGGAAUUAAUGCUUUUGUGAUUGCUGUUUGUUUGUUGCUUGCGAUUAUGAUUAUUCUUGGCAUUGCUGUCAUUUUAUUUACUGAAGUUGGUAUUAUUAGAGGAAUUUUACAAUUGACUGAUCGUGUCACUAAGAUUUAUGAAACAAGUGACAUUUCUAAUAGAGUUUCUAUGAAAGGAAAUGAUGAGAUUGCAAAAAUUGGUUCCAAUGUAGAUCAAAUCUUGACAAUUAUCGAAAAUUCUCAAGUUCAAUUGAAGCAGAAACAAGACGAAAUGAGACAACUCUUGCAAAGAAUUUCAUUAGAAGAAUACAAGACAAAAUCAAUCAUGAAUAGCUUACCAAAUUCUGUAAUCAUGGUCGAUAAGACAAAUGGUGAAGUGGUUGGUUCAAAUGAACCAUUCUAUGAAUGCACAGGAUACUCUGAAAGUAUGAUCAAAGUUGGAAACUUGUCAGUUGCCAAAUUAUUCAACAAGCCAAGCACAGAUCAAUUAAUGGAUGAAUUUAAAGAAUUGACCUUGAAUUCAGGAUCGAAAGCAAUGAGUAUGAGCACAGUUAAUGGAAUGAUUAUUCCAGUAAUUAUCUCAGUACAAGAUGCCAAAUUCUAUAAAAGGAAUAAGGUAGUAUCUGCUUUUGUAAUUUCCAUUCAAGAUAAGAGAAAAGAUUUGGAAUUGGUUAAGGAGGUUGAAUUGGAUGAGGAGAAAGUUAGAGAAAUUCAACUCUUAAUUGAAUUUGAGAGAAUGAUUAAGAAUCCAGAUAGUCGAGACGAAUUUAUACGAAAGUGCAAUGAAAAUGGAAAGAGAUUAACAAUGCUAUUUGUAGAAGUUAAGAAUUUGAUGGCAGGACUCAAUUCUACCAAUUUCCAAUAUGUAUGGGAAAGUUAUUGUCAAGUUGAAGAAUCAAUUUCUAAUUUCCCAGAGUUUAAAUCAGCAAAAUUGGAAAAGGAUCUUUCUAAUCAAUUAAAUUUGAUGGAAAUGAAUUUGAAGAGUGCCAUUAUUCGAAACUAUUAUAAUAAUAAAUAGUCUUAAUUCUUAG